UUAGCUAGAAGGAACGUUCUCGUGAGGAAAACUUCCGAACUUCGCAAAGGUUGUGGUGUAGAAAAGAAAAAUGGACGGUUCGAGUUGCUUCCAAAGUAACAGCAAUGCUGAAGAGGCAGCCAGCGUUGCUGGCGUCCAGAGAAGUGAAUCCUACAGUAUCAAUGAUGGCACCAGAUGCGGUAGAUCUUUAACACUGGCAGUGCCGAGAGGAUUAUCCGAAACCAACAGCACCGGUUCCCUACGGAUCCGAAGCAACAGCUUCAAUUCAGUCAACAGGAGAAGCCAAUCAAAAAUCUCCAACCUGGUCCAGCACCGCUCGGAGCAGCAGCACCACACUUCGGAGCGGACGCUGCGGGCUAUCGGCCGGGUCGGACAGGCAGUCAACCUCGCAGUGGAACGGUUCGUGACGGUAGGCGAGACAAUCGCGGAUGACAAUCCAGAAAUCAAGCAGGACAUGUACGAUGCCUGCAAGGAGGCACGAGCAGCUGGCUCAUCGAUAGAACGCUUAUGUGAUAUUGCGGCAACGGACCCGGUGGGCUACUCGCCCCGGCCUAAUCCGAUUGACGACAGAGGACCGAUGAUAAGGGCCGCCCGGACCCUGCUGAGCUCGGUGACGCGGGUUCUGCUGCUGGCCGAUAUCGUGGUCGUCAAACAGUUAUUAUUAGCCAAAGACAGGGUAGCUAGAACUUUAGGUAGAUUAGAAUCAGUGGCCAAUUUUACAGAAUUCGUGAAAGCUUUCUCAGUAUUCGGCGCUGAGAUGGUGGAGCUGGCACAUGUGACAGGUAAUCGACAGAACGACCUGAAAGAUGAACGGCGGAGAGCGCAGAUGUCCUCCGCACGGCAAGUGCUCGAACGCUCCACAAUGAUGCUUCUAACGUCAUCAAAGACAUGUAUGAGGCAUCCGGAGUGCGCUCACUCCAAGGAAAACCGUGACACCGUGUUCUGCCAAAUGCGUCGAGCGAUGGACUUAAUUCACUACGUAGUCAAGGAUGGCAUCCUGGAGACGGCCAGCGAACGCAACGCUUUGCGACAGGUGCCCGAAUGGGACUCGGAACGUGCGACGGCCUUCACCUGUUUGCGUCACUUUUCCCGCCUGAUCGAAAUGUCCCGGCCAGACUACGAUCGGCGCAGCGCGGGCAGCAAAACUAGCUCUUCCAUGGCGUCGGCUGCGGGCCCGCCGAGUGCGGCUGGCCCUAAAGAUUGUAUUUCGCCAACUUCCCUGCGCGACAAGGAAACCGACAUUGAGUACCGGCGGGAAUUGACGCGACGUAACAGUGAACGCGAGCGGGACAGAAAUUCCAUUGGUCAUUCCAGAGAGUAUAGUACUAGGGAACGGGAGUUUCCCAAAUAUGACAAUAAAGCAGAUUUAGGAAUCUCAAUAUUUUCCACCGACACCCGGGAGCAGCUGUUAGCCGCACUGGACAAGGUUUGCGAAAAGACUCAGGACUUUACCGAUUCGGCGUACACCAGCCACGAUCACCGAGAGAACAUUCUGCUGCUGUGCGAUCGGGCCAAGCUGGAACUGAACCAGCUGAUGCGAAUCGCCGUCAGCAUGGAGCAGUAUCCGAACUCCACCUUCGACAUCGAAAGUAUCAUCGAAAGUGUGCUGAACGCGGCCCAUGAUCUAACGACGCAACUGACACUCACGGCCCAGGAUCAGUCGGCGGAGCUGACACACAUCAUCAAGUCCGGCAUCGACAUUGCCAAUUCGCUCAGGAACAUUGCCUUAAAUCAGGAAAUCGACCGGUUGCAGGAAUGUGCCGAUCGGUUUCACGAGCAUAUUGAUCACGUUCUGGAGGUGUGCAAACUUUUGCGGCAAAUAGCGCUAACGGAAACACUGCAGGUGCAGGCCAAAUUUACCGAAAUCAACGUGCGCAUCUAUGGGCCGCAAGUUAUUACGGCGGCGCGGGCUCUGAUAACGCACCCGCAGAGUAAAAUUGCCAAAGAGAAUCUCGAAGUGUUCGUCGAUAUGUGGCAAUGGCUAUCCACGGACGUGACCGCCAUCACCAAGGAGGUCAUCGAUCUAGCGCAAACAUCGACAAAAGCCGACAAAACCACCGAAUAUCUAAGUCUUCCGAGACCAGGGAAACACGGUACCACAUCGAAACCCCUAAAACCAACUCGGUUGGAUUCGGAGGAACAGGAAAAAAUUGCCAAAACCGGACUCGAGAUGAAGAUGGUCACGAACGAGAUGGACGCCGAGACGGACAAGUGGAACGGGGCGUCAGAGGAGAAUAACGAUAUCGUGAAGCGGGCGAAAAACAUGUCAGCAAUGGCAUUCUCGAUGUACCAAUUCACCAAGGGCGAAGGAACACUUCGCACCACGCAAGACUUAUUCACCCAGGCAGAAUACUUUGCCGAAGAGGCAAACCGGUUGUACAAGGUCGUCCGUCAGUUCUCCUAUCAGGUGCCAGCCGGGGCACCGAAGAAAGAACUGCUGGACCACCUGGACAAGGUGCCAACGUACGUGCAGACGCUGCAGUUCCUAGUGAAAGACCCGGCCGUUGGCAAGGACGCAACCUUCGUCAAAGUCGACCACGUCAUUCAGGAGACGAAGAAUCUGAUGAAUGUGAUAUCGAAGGUGGUGUCAACGUCGUUCGACUGCGCCAACAAGAUCUACGAACUGACCGGAAUACCGUUCGACAACCGGCUGAUAAACGUACCGACCUUGGCCCUCCCCAACGAACCGGUCUUGUGCAGAAAGUCCUCCAGCAGCAAGCAAACGCUAGGAGCACUGAACAAACAGCUACAGAGUGAGUAUAAGCGAAAACGGAUCACGCUGAUUGCGUUCCCAAAAGCGAAACAGCCUUCGGAGCAACCUUACUAGAAAAAAAACUUGAGCCGAUAAACGUCAGAAAAUUACCUUAGUCGAAACUAUUUAAACAUAACAUUUCUUAACCAGGGCGAGAGUAAAUUAAAAAAAAACAUUCGUCCAGCAGAAAACCCGAUUACCCGUUGAUAGAAUGAAAUAAUCCAGCUGAAUCCUAGCGAUGGGGUUUGGCUCCCGGUCCAUUUGUAUGUUAUUUUUCCAUUAUAAUUGUUUUUUUUUUUUUCAUGUAUCUGUUGUACCGGUGUGUCUGUGUAUGUGCGUGUAUCCCCCCAGUUGGCUGUCCAUCGAUCCAACAAAAUUCGAUUAGGUUGCAUUCGGUGGAAUCUGGGCCUAGUUUCCCAUCGAUUCGACGCUAGUAAGGUAAUUUAGAGUAGCCAGCUGCCAGACCCUUUGGGGAGAACAAAUUGAUCUUCACCGCAAGCCACAUCUCAUCAGUUGGGCUAAAAACAGGGUUACGUAGGUUGAAGCGUUCAGAUGUUCUGUUUUUUCAUUAAAUCCACAUAGCUUGCGUCAUCAUCCGUCUCCAAUAGUGUCAUCAAAACUCGGUACCGAUAUGAUACCGACCGCAACUAUUCUCGAUAUUGGCAAAAGGAGAAAAGGAAGCUCUCAUAAUUAAACCGUUUAUUGCCACAACUUGUAAUGAAUCCCCAUCUUAUGAUUGGAUUCCUAUCGAUUUCACCCCACACCGUCUCUAAAUAACCUUCUCUAUUCUGCCUCCGAACCUGCGCGUAGGAGUACUGCAUCGCCGAGGCAUUCUUUCCGAGACGUUCGUGGGACUUCGAAGGCAUCCGGCAUCCUUUCGGUGUUAGACUUAGUUACAGACAGGAAGAAGACAGCCACGGUAUGAGAGUUUUUCUGGGAAACCACAACACCAGCCGCACCGCAAGAGAGAGCGGUCCGUGUGGUGUGUUUUUGUUAUGAGUUUUCUGCCGAGGAUUAAAAUUUGACAACAAACUUAAGCCCAAGGGUUGAGCGUUUUGCCGGAAAGCAAACAGACAAAACAUUUUUGCUACCCCCGAAGGGGACGCCACUUUGACGAGAAACAAUUUUGUCAUCGAUCGGUAGAAGCUUUUCCACUAGAUUGCUCAAUUUGAAUAGUUGAAUUUUUAAUCGACAAAACCGCAAGCCGUUGUCUAGCAGCGUCUUUUUUCCGGGCAAAUAUUUUGCUGAUGCAAACUUGGGGCUAUUAGAAGAUUUAUAGCUCACAGCGAUGCUUAAUGACUAAUAAAAAUAUGAAUAAAGUUCGCAAAUGAAAGGAAAUCGGAUGAAAAUAAUCCAUUGAAACUAUAGUACGCAAUCGAUAAUAUAUAAUAUUUGAAAAGAAUUUAAUUAUUAACAAAUUUUAUAACCAACUUGAGAUCAAAUCUGUACAAUCUGAAAGUAUUUUACAAGUUAGUGGAAAUAAUUCCAAAAACAGUAGACGAAAAAUAAAAUCUAUUGAAUAACAACACUACAUGAAACCAGAAAAAAAUGUAAAAAAAUGAAACAAGGAAGCAAGGUGAAAAAAAGUACUAAUGAAUAAAGGAUAAACUAAUGUCUUAUUCGAGUUUGCGCUAGACCCGUCUAUAGAAAAUUAGAACUUUAGAAAAGUGAGAAAUGUAAAACAAGCGCGAAAAUCAUAAAACAACACAAAAAGAGAAGAAAAAAGUAAGAAAAACAGAAAACGAAACAGUAAACAAGUAGGAGAGUGAUAAAAAUGUCAAACAAGCAAAGUAAUAAAAAUGUCAAACUUCUACGAAGUGAGAAAGCAAGCGAGUAUGAAAGUAGGCCAAAAAAGGGAGAUUGAAAAUAAAGAAAUAAAAGAAUAAAAAAGGACAGUGUGAAGCAAGAAAGUAAAGAAGCAGAGAAAGAGUGGAUAAGUGAAAAGUAAGAACAAGGAAAGCGCAAAGCGGAAAGAUGAUGAAGUAGGAAAGUAAAAAUCAAGGAAUUUACUUCCUAGAGAGUAAAAAAUGAAAAAGUUGGAAUACAAAAUGAAAAAAAAAUAAAGAAAGACUAGGGAAUAAAGUGAACAUGGAGCAUAGUAAGAUAAUAAAAUAAGUUGAAAAAGUUAAGAAAAAAACCUAAAUAGGAAUUAUCAAAAGUAGCAAAGAGGGAGGAAGAGUAUUAGGUAAAUAAAAUUAGAGAGAGAAAAAAGUAAAAAGAAAUAAACUAAAGUGAGAGAGCACAAAUGUAAGUUAGAGUGAGAGCGUACAAAUGUUAGUAAAGAAGAAGGUAUGAAAAUAAGAAAGUAUGAAGGAACUUUUAUCCUAUUGUAAGAAAAGAGGAAAGCAAAGAGGUGAAAAAGUAAAAAAAUCAGAAUAUGAACACUAACUAAGAAAACGAAAAUUUGAAAAGAAGAAAACGUGAACUAUUAUUAAAAUAGAGAAAAUGAUAAAGGAAAAACAGUAAGUAACAAUAUAAGGAAAGUACAAAAUUUAUUAAGUGAAAAAAUAAAAAAAGAGCCUUGAAAUACUAAAAAAGUAAUAUGUUGAUGUACAAUGUCAGUGAGAAACUAAAAACGCAAGAAAAUGAAAACUUAGAGAAGCAUACUUUGAUAAGAAAAUUAAAUAGAAGAAUUUAAUAGAAAGCAAAUGAAAAUAUAAAAAAGAAACAAUAAGUCAAUAAAGAGUUUAAGAUAGAAAAGUUAGAAAGUAAGUACGAUAAAGCAGUAAAGUAUCAGAGGAAUUGAGAGAGAAAGUUAGAUAUAUGGGAAUAAUUAUUUAUGAAGGUAAAAAAGUAGGAUAGAACACAGUGGUAAAAAUGCCAAAUAGAAUAAAAAGUUUAAAAAAUUGAUUGUAAAAAAGUAAGGAAGAACAGAAACAAGAAACUGAAUAAGCAGAAGGUAAAAAAAGAAAAAAGAGAAUAGCGAAAAUAAGAAGAAAAGGAAAAAAACAAAAUAUUGAGGAGAGUAAAAAGUAAGAAAUGAAUGAAAUAAGAUAUUGGGAAAUUAAGAAAGAAGGAAUACAAUUAUUUGUUAUAGUUAGAGAAUACGAAAGCGUUAAAGUGAGAAAUUCAGAGAACAAAAAAAUAAGGAUGUAAGAAAUAGAAAAAGUAAGAGAGUAAGAAAGUGAGGGAAAAAGGGAAAAAAGUGAAAGUAAGAAAUAAAGUAAUGUGAAUGUAAGGAAAUAAGAAACCAAUAGAGUGGAAAUGUACACGAGUACAAAACCGAAAGAGUAAUGGAGCAUGGAGGUAAGAGAAUAAAAAAGUAAGAAAAUAGUUAGAACGAAAAAAAUAGGAGAGGAAGAAAGCAUGAAAGUAGAAAAGUAAAUGAUGAGACAGUGAGAAAAUAAUUAGGUACGAAAAUAAGAGAGUAAGAAAGUGAAAAAAAGAAAGAAAGCAAAAAAGAUAGUUAGAAUGUAAACAUGUAAGAAAUUAAAAACAGUAAGAAAGUAAAGAAAAACAAAAUUAAGAAACUAAUAAAGUAAAAAGAACUAAUGAAGAUAAUGAAACAAAAAUAUUGAAAAAAAAAACAAAAGUAAGAAAUGAAACUAAGUUGAAAGCCUUACAAAAAAACUAAUAACAAAAAAAAAUCAAAUAAAUAAGAAGUGAAAUUGUAAGAAAGUAGAAGAGUACAAUAGAAAGAAAGUAGGAAAUAAGAAUGUCAGGAAGUUAGAAAGACAAGGAGAAAAUAAAAAAGUGAGAAAAUAAGAAGGUAAGAAAGCGAAAACAAAGAGAAAAGAAAAAUAAAAAAGUGAAAAAGUGAGCAUGUAAAAAUGUAAGAAUUUGAGAAAUUGAGAGUGUUAAAAUAGUAAGAAAGUGAAAAAAUAAAGGAACUAAGAAAGUAAAAAACUAAUAAAGAAAAAACGAAAAAAAUAAAACAAGAUAAAAAUUUUAAAAGAUUAGAGGUUAAUAAGUAAGAAACUGAGAAAGUAUAAAACUAAUAAAAAAGGUAAAAAAACAAAAAGGUUAAAAAGAAGAAAGUAGAGAAGUAAAAGAGAAAGAGAGUAGGAAAAAUAGUAAACGAUAAUAUGAUAAACUAAAAAGUAGGUGAAAAAAAGCAAGGAAGGGAGAAAAUGAAAAAAGAAAAAAAGAAAAUGAGCAAGAAGGUAAGGGGAUGAUAAAAUAGAAAAUAUGGAAGAUAUGAGAAAGCGAGAAAAUUAGAAAACAAGAGAGUGUAAAUGUAAGCGAGCACGAAAGCGAAAGAGUAAUAAAGCAUGCGAGUAAUGAAAUAAAAAAUAAGAAACAAUAAAAGUGAGAAAGUAGAGAAGUAAGGGAAUAGGAAAGAAGGAAGGUAAGACAGUGAGAAGGUUAGAGAGUAAAAGAGUAAGAGAACCAAAAGGUAAUGAGAGAAAAGAAAGCAAGAAGAUAAGAACGUAAAAAAGUAAGAAAGCAAGAAAGUAAAAACAUAAGAAAGUAAGAAAGUAAAAAGUAACAAAGGAAGAAAUAAAGAGAGUAGGAAAGUAAGAAAGUAAGGAAGUAAAAAAGUAAGAAAUUAAGAAAGCAAGAAAAUAAGAAAGUAAGAAAGUAAGAGAGUAAGAAAGUAAGAAAGAAAGAAAGGAAGAAAGUAAAAAAGUAAGUAAGUAAGAAAAUAAGAGAGUAUGAAAGUAAAUAAGUAAGAAAGUAAGAAAGUAAGAGAUUGAGAAAAUAAGAAAGUAAGAAAUUAAGAAAGUAUUAAAGUAAGAAACUAAGAGAGUGAGAAAAUAAGAAAGUAAGAAAGUAAGAAAGAAAAAAAUAAAAAGGCAACUAAGCAAUAAAGUAAUAAACAAAAAAUGUAAGUAAAUAGAGAGUAUUAAAAUAAAAAAGUAAGAAACUAAGAAAAACAGAAAGUGAAAAAAUAAGAAAGUAACAAAGUAAGAAGCUAAGAAAAUAGUAAAAUGAAAAAAAAUAUAUAAAAGUAAAAACGUUAGAAAAUUAGAUAGUAAAAUAUUAAGAAAAUAAAAAUUUAAUGUGGUAAAAUAUUUGAAAAGUAAAAAUUAAGCAAGUAAAAAAUUUUGAGAGUAAAACAGUAAGCAAGCAAGAAAGUGAGAAAGUAUGAAAGCAAUAAAGUAAUAACCUAAGAAGGUAAGGAACUAAAAAAGUUGGAGAAUCAAAUAUAAAAAAAAAAACAAGAAAGAAGGUAAGAGAAGUAAGAAAUUGAAAAUAAAAGUAAAAAAGUAAGAAAGCUAGAAAGUUAAAAACUAAGAAAAUAAAAGAAUAACAAAAUCUGAAAAGUAAGAAUAUAAGCAAGAAAAAAGUUACGUGAGUAAAAAUUUAAAAUAGUAAGAAAAUGGGAAUAUAAGAAUGUAGGCAAUAAAGUAAUAAACUAGGGAAGUAAGAGUAUGAAAAGUAAGAAAAAAAAUAGUGAAAAGUGAGAAAGUAAAGAGGUAAGAAAGUAAGAGAGUAGAAGAGUAAAAGAGUAUAAAAGUGGAAAAAGUAGAAGAGUAAAAACUUAGAGUAAACUAAGAUUAAGGAGCAAAAAAAUUACAAUAGAAGAAAACUAAGAGAGUAAAAAACUAAUAAAGAAAAAAAUUUAAUAAAGAAAAAUUUGGAAAAUCUAUAAAAAAAUGAAAAAAGUAAAAUUAUAAGAGAGUAUAAUAGUAAAAGCGAAAGAAAUAAGAAAAAAAGAGAGUAGGAAAAAAGAAUAGAAAGAAAAGUAAGAAUGAGAAAUAGUAAGAAAGUGGGAUGAAUUUUGAUAUAAUAAAUUAAAAAAGAAAACAAAAACAUAGAAAAUAAGAAAUAUAAAUUCAAGUGAGGCGAAAAAAAUUAGAAAUUAGAAACGGCAAGAAUAAUACGGUAAAAAGUAAGACAGUAAGAAAACCAGAAAGUUUGAAAUUAAAAGAGUAAAUAAAUAAGAGAGUUAUGAAUACGUCACGAAAGAAAGUCAGAAAGGGAUAAAAUAACAAGUAAUAACAAGUAUAGAAGAGCAACAGAGGAAAAAAAUACAAAAAAGUAAGAAAAAAACAACGGACAAAUACAAGAGUAGGAAGCAAUGAAGCAAGGAAAUAAAAAAUUGACAAAAUAAAAAUUUUAAGAGUGAAGAAGUUUAAAUGAAUGUGAAAUAAAAAAGGAAGAUAUGUAGUUGAAAAAUAUAAAAACAGCAAGGAAUUGUCGAAAGAAGCAAGCAAGAAAGUAGAAGAGCCCAAGUAGAGGAAAAUAAAUUGUGAAAUAUAAGAAAGUCAUUAGAAAGAAAAGUAAGAACUCAGUAACUAGAGGAGUAAAAAUGUUAAGAAGAAGCAAAUAAACAAGCUAAAAGGAUAAUAAUAUAAAAAAAAUAAGAAAUCUUAAAAUGUGAAAGACCAUAAAGUAACAAAGUUAGAAACAAAGAAAAGUAAAUUCAAAACAGGCAAUAAAGUAAUAAACUAGGAAAGUAAGAGUAUAAAAAGUAAAAAGAAAAAACAAAAUAGUAAAAAAGUAAGAAAGUAAGAAGGUAAGAAAGUAAGCGAGUAAAAGAGUAUGAAGGUGAAAAGAGUAGGCGAAUAAAAAAUUAAGAGUAAACUAAGAGAGUAAAUAAGUAAGAGAGGAGAAAAAAUUAACAAAAAAAAUACAAUUGAGAGUAAAAAACUAAUAAAUAAAACAUUAUAUAAAGUAAAUAAACAAAAAAUUAAAAGAAAAUAGGAAGUAAAAAGUAAAAAUGUAAGAAAGUAUAAUAGUGAAAAAGAGAAAAAGUGAGAAAAGAAGAAAGUAGGAAAUAAGAAUAAAAGGAAAAAAAAGUAAGAGUGAAAGAUACUAAAAAAGCAGGAUGAUUUUUGAUACAAUAAAUUCAAAGAGAAAACAAAAACAUUGAAAAUGAGAUAUAUAACUGCAAGAGAAGCAAAAACUUAGAAACGGCAAAAAUAAUACUACAAAAAGUAAGACUGUAAGAAAAUCAGAAAGUUUGAGAGCAGAAGAGUAAAUAAAUAAGAGAGUUAUAAAUCCAUCACGCAAGAAAGUGAGAAAGGGAUAAAAUAAAUAAAUAAAUAAAAUAAUUGACAAAAUAAUAAGAGCAGAAGGAAAGCAGAAAAUUGACGAAUAAUGAAAGUAAGAAAAAUAGAAAAUAUGAAAGUUGAACAGAACUCAACGAAUUCAUUAAACAGUAAAAUAAGACAGAACGCGAAUAGAAAAAUAUAUAAAAUAUAAAGAAAAUGAAGAAAACGGGAGUUGAAAAAUAUGAAUAAAGAGAGAUAUUCAAGAAAAGUAAGAAUUUUCAAAAGAAGCAAGCAAGAAAGUAGAAAAGCCCAAGUAGAGUAAAUUAAAUUGUAAAAUAUAAGAAAGUAAUUAGAAAGAAAAAUAAGAACUCAGUAACCAAAGAAGUAAAAAUGUUAAAAAGAAGCAAAGAAACAAGCUAAAAAGGAUAAUAAUAUAAGAAAAUAAGAAGGUCAUAAAGUGACAAAGUUAGAAACAAAGAAAAGUAAAUUUUAAACCCGAAAAGGAAAGAAAGGAAAGUAUAUAAGGUAGUUAAUAGUUUGAAAAAAAAUGAAAGCACGAAACUGAAAAUAGAUGAAAAAUAGCAAUUGGAAAUAAAAAAAAAUAAAACAGGAAGAAAAUUAAAAAAUAGGACAAUCGGAAAGUGGGGAAGUAAUAAAAAGGUAAAUAUUAGGAAAGUACGGAAGUUAUAAAUUAAGAAAGUAAGUAAAAUGGGAUAUAGUGCGCAAAAAGCAUAAAAAAGUAAAUAAACAAAUAAGGUAAGAUUCUAAAAAAAUAACCACUGAGGGGAAAAUCAAAUGAAAGAGUAACUUUAAAAGCAAGUAAAACAGUAUGGAAAUAAAACAGGAAGACAGUAAAGGAGUUGAAAGUAAUAACGUAAGAAAGUAAAUACGAUAGUAAGAAAGUAGUGCAAAGUAUCCGAGAGAUUGAAAAAGAAUGAUGAAUAAAUAAGGUUCAAAGCGCUGAAUAAAUAAGAUUCAAAGCGAAUUAUAAAUAAGAUUCAAAGCGUAGAAAAGUAAGAAAAUAAAAAAGUAAAAUGGGAGAAAAAAGAAAAUAAGAAAACGAGAAAGUAAUAUACAGUCAUACCUCGAUAUAAGGCAACCUCGAUAUAAAGCAACCUCGAUACAACGUAACUCGAUAUAACGUAACUUUUACCUCGAUAUAACGUAACUUUUUAAAAUGUAUUGAAAAUGAAAACAAAUGAUACAGCAACUGUUUUUAGGCUAUAAAUUGCUUAAAAAAAGUUUGUAGUAAGUUUUGAAAUCAAUGAAACCAAUGCGAAAAUUGUUCAAAAUGAGCAUAAGGAAGCUUUAAAAAUACUAAUAGGUGAUGGGAAAUAGGUUUUCGCGCAUUUGUGAGUAACCAUCAACAUUCUUGCAUAAAUUAAAAUUUUUUUUUUGCUCCGAUAUAACGUAACUCGAAAUAACGUAACGAAAAUAAAAAUAAAGUUACCUUAUAUCGAGGUAUGACUGUAGUAGAAAAAAAACGAAUGAACAAAGUAAAAGAAAAAUAUUCAAAGGUAAGAAAGUUAGUAAAUAAAGUAAUAGAAAAAAAUGUAGGAAAUAGAACAGUAAGGAAGUAACAGAUUUAUUAAUUAAAGAAGAAGAAACAAGAAAGAUAGCUUGAUAAUUUAAAAAGAAAAAACAGAAGGAAAAAUGAGAAAAUAUUUAAAUUAACCAAAAAUAUCGAACAAGAACAAGUUUUAAAUUGUGAGAUAAAGGAACCUAAAAAAUUCAAAUGCGAAAAAUGCAAUAAUAGAUACAACAACUAAAAGUAAUAAAAGAAAUUGAAUAACAACAAAAAUUGGAAAAUUGAAUAAAUUAGUAAGGAUAUUGGAAAAAAAACAAAUGAAAUCGAAAACACGAAAACACUAAAUGAUCCGAAAUAUUAAGAGGCAAAACGAAAAUAAAAAAAUCGGCUAUGUCAAAAAAAGAGGGGCAUAAAGAGAAACAAAAAAAUCCUAAUAACAAUGAAACAAACGACGAUACACGAUUUGACAGAAGUACUAACAUAAUAAUAAAUGAAUAUUCGAGCAGUCCGUUUCGUAUAUCUCGAAGCAUACGGUAUUUUUUGCAAAGCCUACAGGUUGAGUUUCCUGACUAUGGUUUGAAUUUUGCUGCAGUACAACAAUAUUUUUUCUUCUAUCAUGUACGUUUUUGCAUUAACUUUCUUUUAUUUUAUUAUGGGUUUGUCGUAAGCUUUUUGGUUUGCCGUUGAAUUUUGUUGAGUUUUUGCUGUAGACUAACGAAGACCUACUAAAUACUAACAACUUCCAGCUCCAGUAUCGCAGAUAAAAAUGAAAAUAACCAAACUUUUUGUUUUCUGUUCUUGUUUCCCCUUUUUCUCUCGAUCUAUAUCGCAAUUCUCGUUCACAGUAUAAGCUAGACUUUAGCGGCCUGGCCGGUCGGGCAGCAAGUGGUGGUGCUAGAGACGAGGACGGCAGCUCCGGACUGCAGGGCGAUAGCAAAGGUUCAACCACAAGCACCGAGGCGAGCAUGUGACAGUACGGGAUGGCCCGCCGGGGCAUGAAAGGUGACGCCCGGCGGACCAGAGUCUCUUUUCUACUAUUUUAGAAUAAGCAUUAAACAUUACAUAUGACCGUAUUUAUCGAAUUUAUAUUCCGAGUUGUGUAUGUUUGAUGAUUCUCGUUUAGAGCAGACCCGAACCCGAAGAAACAGAAUAGAGACGACGGCCGUACGUUUGUAUACGCUGUACACCGAAAUCGUCUCGUAGAGUUUUCCAGCGAGCCAAAUUCAAAUUCUAGAGCGACCAUCAAACCGACCACAUACACAAACCCACAUACAAUGAACACACACAGACAUACGGAGCAAUCAGCGUCGCAUAACCAAAAGAAAAAACGUGUUUAUUAAAUAUGUGUAAUAUGAAAUCAUAAAUAUUGAAAUGUGAAUGUUUAGUGAAUCGAAACAAAUCAAUCCAAAAGAUACUUACUACAAAUAUUUUGAGGAGAUUUUCCCCUAAGCCAAAAACAAGCAAGCUUAACUCAUAGCAGAUUUUUCUUCACGAUGCAACAGUUACUAGGCAAUUGGCACCACAUUUGAGCUCUGUCCGCUUCUAGCGCUUCUGAAUCUUUUCUAAACAUGCACCGAAAAAUAUCGGACUUCACACUAAUAGACAACACGCGUUAUAACUUUCACAGCUGCAGAAAGCUCUGUUUAUUAAAUACUAACCGCUGAAUUCGAAGCUCCGCAGACACACAACACCUAAAUAGUAGCACAAGAUAGUGAUGUCAACAAUUACCGACGAAUCUCUUAGUUAGACCCUGCACUGGGUGUAGGAGAGCAUUUCUAACAUCUACACGCGCACCUUAGCCUGACAGUAAUAAUCGCUCUAUAAUUAACUGAAACGCAGCUACUCUACUACUACUACCACUACUACUACUACUACUACUCUUGAGUCGUCACUACACGACACGUGAUUGAUUAACUGCGGGAGUACUGGAACUUUAUUAUAGGAUUUUUUCAUCGGAUUUGCAGUAAAUUUCCCGUUGAAAGCAGUGUAUAAUGAAAUCCCAGUGACAACCAGUUAUUAAUCACCAUCGGAACACGUGUUAAUGUAGCACCUCUUUCCCACUUCCCAUGCUAAGCUUCCUUUUUGCAACAAAAAGUAACGCCACAUCUGUUCUUCGGGAAAAUCCCUAACCCAUCUCCAACCACACGCAUAAACGCACGCAAGCACGCAACCUCCUUGCCGCUGUGGAUCGAUGUUAACCAACAGCUUUGUGACUCUCCACACCAUACGUGGAAACAUCGCACACUUUCUGUGCACCAUAUUGCUGCAUUCAUCUCCUCAAAACCCGCUCGCUAAUCCAUCCACAGCGGACCCUUUGAUGAGGAGUUCGGGUACACGGAUGAGACUCCCCAUGUCGUACCGGAAACCAACGGAACGCAUCGGUGGAGGCUCAUACGCCAGCACGAACGCAUCAAAGCGGAAACACUCUUAAUCAUCUCGAGCGUCGAGAAUGGACACCAGGUUGGGGGUGGUGGCUCUUGUCAACAGAUGUGGCGAAUUAGUUUUCCCCUUUCCACUUUUAUAAAAUGCACCCGGAAUAUAAUUCCCACUCUAGUAUCAAAGCAUAUUGAAUCAAGCGAAUGAAUGCCAGGAUGGCACGAAGUCCUGUUCUAGACCGGAACGGGAAGCGGAACAAGAAACAAGAUUUCGAAACGUUCACUCCCGAUUAUAAGUUGUACCUGGUUUGUAGAUUAACCCCGUGUGAACCUAAGGUUCGUUUUCGAGUAGAAUUAGGGUUUGGUUUAGGUUCUGUUUUAUUUUGUGUCUCAAGCUAAGAGUAAUUCGUAGUUUGAUGUUUACCAAUUUGAAAACCAAACUAGUCGUAAGUAGGUGAACGAAAUUCAAUCGACAUCGAUCUUUUCGAUAGGUUUAGCAGUGCGAGUUGCACCGGGAAAGUAAACACCGAGAGGAGAGAUUUUUUUUCGUUUUGUAGGUCCCCAUUAGGCAGAUUACUAGGUUCGUAAGGUAGGGUAGUCAUUUUUCCGAUGAAUUUUAUGCGUUUUUGUUGCAAAAAAAAAUCUAACUAGAUGAUAAUUAGGACUCUCAAACCGUUUUAUUCGUUUUCAACAUUUACUGUAUGGUUCUGUACUUUGAUGCAUGCAAUUCUUGGCAACAGUCGAUGCUGGAGGAAAUGACAGUAGAAGUUUCGGGAACAGGAUUUGUUUUUUUUUUUUUAUUCUCGCUUAUUUUCCGUCGGUCUAUUUCCGCCACUGUUGUGGCCAAUUACCGACGCCCAGGGAGGCGACUCCACACCCAGGUCCCUAACUCACGACCCGUUUAUUAACGGACCGGCGCCAACGGCUUUACUUCCUCAUGCGACGGAAGGCGUGAUCCCAGAGAUUUUUCGCCUCAGAAAAUCUCCCGGUGUCGGCUAGGAUUGAAUCUAGACCAGUUGGGUUGGUUGUGAGUGGAUCACGCCACCCCACAACCAUCGACACCUAUGUCGGCGGUGGGAUUCGAACCCGGGCGUCGAGCGUGGUUGGCGGAGACGUUACCAACCACACUAGGCCCCCGCUCAUAACAGGAUAUGUUAUCAAAAUAUCGACAUAUUUUGAAGCUUUUUUUCUCAAAACAAAUUAACUCUCGCUGGAAAAUAGAUGAACGAUUAUAUCAAUGAAAUAUGUUGGAAUAUUUGAAUACACCAAACGACUUCAGUCGCACAAAAAAUUUCUUAAAUAAACGACAUGUUCACGUUGUUUAAUAGCAUUCAAGGCCCAUUUUUCAAUAAAACUCAGAUGUAACCGCAUUUUUGGUAAGUUGUCUCAGUAACAUCUGCAUGUACUGCAUGUGGUGAAAUAUCAUAAUAUAUAUAUUACUGUUUUCUUGGCAUUGAGUGUUUCUACCUCAAAUGACCUGAAAUCUAAGUACUUUCCGCGGGUCAAAGCCUCAAGAGAGGUUUUUCUAAUGUCGUAUAGAUUUCAGAAUACAUUUUUUUUACAAAACAAAAUUUCAAACUGAAUAACAAAUUUUCGUAUAAAACACAUAUUGGCAUAAAUACCAGAGUUGAAAACCAUCAGAGCCUCUUUCUUGAAUAGCGAUUCUAUGGUCAUUUUCAAUUAUAAAUCUUACAGUAAUCUACUUUUUAAAUGUUUUCUAGUUGUGUCAAAUUCAAACUUUUUAGGAAAAUUAAUUGUUCGAGUAACAAAAAUUCAUUGUUCGAGUAACAGUCGUAAGCUUAUCAAAAUGUGUGAUCUAUUUUACACAACUCAUUUUUUGAUAGCAAGACGAUUGCGCAUACAGUUUACACGAUAUAAAAGAUGAAUGUGUUUGAUAUAUAUAUAUAUAUAAGAGAUCUCAUAAUGUUAUUUAUGAUAUGGACAGUUUAUAUAUUUUUUUAUUUUGUCGUUUUUGUGUAUAUUAUAAAUGCUUGGUGAUUCAUCAAUCAAAAUCGGCAAAGCAGAUAACACAUAAAUAACUUCCACAAGGCAGUGUAUGUGGUUGAUCGACGAGUGCUGCAAACAAGGCACAAUAGUGAAGGGUGAUCGUUAUUGGUCUUAGGGGAAACUACCUCCCCAGUAGGUAAUUGGCCAAAACACCAUGUUGGAGACAUCGGAGAUUGCGGGUUUGUCUCCAGUCAGGACGAGGGAAAAUAAAGUUUAAAUCAAACCCUCAGUUUUUGUUCAUUUUCGCAUCCUCGAAAAAAAAAUCCUACAUAUAUUGCCUACUUUUCAAAUUUGUAAGUCAUUAGACAUAGACAAAACUGUUUAUUAAAAUUGGCAUGCUACGUUGCAAAAUUUUCAUAUUUUUCACUCCGUUACUGCGAUUGAAAAUUCUCUGACCUACAGAAAACGUCAAAAUGGGCUGCGUGCACUAUCCGCCAUUACCGCUCGUGGAAAGCUGGAUUAGUUCAUUAAGUAAACUUACGCAGCCAAUUCAAAGCACAGAGAUCGACUUACAGUGGUAGACAAAAUAAUAGGUGUCAAGUUCCGUUUUGAUGGCUAUAGAUAUGAGGAAUUCAUCUUUUUUAAGAAUUUCAGUACUCGGCGGUCAUUUCUAGAACUAGUUUUCCUUUCCACCCUCGUGUUUCUGAUAUAUUCUAGCACUUAACAGAUUUUUUAACUAUAUUCUGUGUGCAGUCGAUGGUUUCUGUUGUUUUUUGACGUUGACUAACGUCUAUAUCGAAGUUAGGCCCCUGAAUUUGAAAAUCUAGUAAUUCAACCAGGGAAAACCAGAGAAAAGUGGUCAGGUUUUGAGCGCUUAUUUUGCAGUCAUCUAUUAUCAGGUUUUCGAGGUUUUGGCAUCAAUCGAUCAGAAAUUUUUUUACGGUUAAAUUUAUGUAACAAAAACAAACUAUUGUUUGAGAUACACUAUUGAAAAAUUGGUAAUUAAUAUCGAUUGUCUAAAUCAUACCGCGCAGCCAAUCACUACCUCUCUUCCCAAGCACAGUCGACACUAACGGAUACAAUCGAUCUGACUUUGUUGUUAUUGUUGUUGUCACUUUCUGUUUCCGAUGUUUAUGCUGCUGCUAGCGGAAAAAACCUUGCAAAUAUGCAUCUUUUUGUUGGUGUUAAUUUUACGACAGCGGCCGCACCAGUGACAUGCGGACGCUAGGUGAUAGCAGCUGAAAGGAGGAAAUACAAAAUAGUACCGGUCAUCUCGUGCCGGUUUCACCCGUAAUGCUGGUGGCUUUAGUAGUAAAUGGCUACUGCAAAACACUUAAAUGGCUGGAAUUCUGGACGGACUAACCAGGAAACUAUAAUCGGCAACUGGCACCUUUUGGUGCCUCGAAAUUUUGGUACAAAAGCGACUAAUUGAAUUUUCUGUUUUACCAAAUGCUGCUGCUAGCGGAAAAAACCUUGCAAAAAUGUGUUGGUGUUAAUAUUACGACAGCGGCCGGCGCAGCUUUCAAGAAACAUUUGUCUCUACCAUUCCAUCAUCUAUGUAGCCCCAUACUUCUUUCUAAUUAUCUGACGAAGCCUUGGUAUAAAACGUAUCGUUCGAACAUUUCACCCCAUCAGUUUCAUUAUUAAACCGUACCGGAUGCAUACGGACGCUCGGUGUUAGCAGCUAAAAGGAGGAAAAACAAAAUAGUACCGGUCAUCUCGUGCCGGUUUCAUCUGUUAUGCUGGUGGCUGUUAGUAAUAAAUAGCUACUGCAAAUACUAAAAUGGCUGGAAUUCUGGACGGACUACCAGUAAACGAGAAUAAUCGGCAACUGGUACCUUUUGGUGCCUCGCAGUUUUAUAAUAGAAGCUGUUAGUUGAAUUUUUUGUUUUACAAAAUGCUGCUGCUAGCGGAAAAAACCUUGCAAAAAUGCAUGUUUGUGUUGAUGUUAAUUUCACGACAGCGCUAGGUGUUAGCAGCUGAAAGGAGGAAAGACAAAAUAGUACCGGUCAUCUCGUGCCGGUUUCACCCGUUAUGCUGGUGGCUGUUAGUAAUAAAUGGCUACUGCAAAAUACUAAAAUGGCUGGAAUUCUGGACGGACUAACCAGUAAACGAGAAUAAUCGGCAACUGGUACCUUUUGGUGCCGCGAAAUUUUGUUACAGAAGUUUUGUAAAAGAAGCGUUGCAAUUUCCUCUACUAUUUGCUUCAAUGGACUAUUUUUUUUUUUUUAUAAGAAUACGGUAGUCAACGUCAUGCGGUCGUGUCUUGAAUACCACCCUCCUACUUUUUUUUUAAAGUUUCACCUUCAUUUUGUAGUUUUCGAUCAGCCGUUUUUUAUCAGGGCUGAAAUCACCUGAAAAGUUUACCACGACCCUUUACCGGUAAACAAAAAGCAAAAUUAUAAACCCAACUUAUGAAUUAUUAGUUUAUCAGUAGGUACAGACUAAGGUUUCCACUCACUUAUUUUUUUCUCUUAAAUAUUGGUCAAUAAAAGUUUCUUUUUCGCUCACGAAUAAAAUACCAUGAAUUUUGCCAGAUAGCAUUUUCCUAUUUAUUGUUCAUAAUGUAAGUAAUCUCAAACAGAUAUCCAGCUUUCCACGAGCGGUAAUGGCGGACAGUGCACGCAGCCCAUUUUGACGUUUUCUCUAGGUCGGGUAGUUUUCAAUCGCAGUAACGGAGUGAAAAACAUAAAAAUUUUGCAACGUAGCAUAGCAACUUUCAUAAACAGUUUUGUUUAUUUUGAUCCGCGCAUGCGCACGACAAAAUUUAAAUAACAAAACGCCCAUUGUUUGUUGAAGUUGCUAUGCUACGUUACGAUGUUGUUAUAUUUUAUGCACCGUUACUGCGAUUGAAAAUUCCCUUACCUACAGACCCAAAUAACCAAAUUAUCUUCACCGUUGCGAAAUUGAAAACCAAACAGAUAGCGUUAUCAGAAUUAAACGCCAAAAUCGAUCCGAGAGCGAACAUUCCGGAGCCGCUUCCUUUUAGAGAAGUAUUUAUUCCAUACACCAUUAGUCGCGUUAUACCACUGUAUAGGUGACAAACCGAAUUUACAAAAUUACAGUUGACACAACAAAUUUUCAGAAAAUUUGAAACGGUGAAAAUCAAACAAACACGUUUUCAACACAAACAAACACGCGACUGAAAAUUUACAUUGCAAGAUCGUGAAAUAUUUCAUCGUCAUGGUAACACUAACGUUUAUGCAAAUAUCUUAAAUACCAAUAUAGUUCACUUACGUGAAAUUAUGAAGACAAAUUGAAAAUGACAGAAACGUUAGUCACCUUUUCGACCGCUAGGUGCGCCACUUCUGAUUUUGUUCUACACGACAUGCGAAAAGAGUAACUUUUGACAAUAAUAUAACCCUAAUGGGUACACUGAAAAAAAUGCACAUAUUAUUGUGAAAUGGAUUCGGCCGAAUAUUUUAUAAUAUUGUGCAUUUAUAUAAAACUUAUCAAAACGUCGCUGAUAAACUGGCAGUCAGGCACACUUAAGACGCUUAUUUUUGUUGUUUUCGCAACACUGCAACCAUCUCAGCCGCCACUGCGCUCGGAAGUCCGACUUCCGAACUUUAAUUUAGUGCUGGCGCCACAAUAACAAAGUUCGCCUAUGUAUGAGGCAAUCCAUGGGUGGUGUUCCACGGUUUGUACGUUUGUCGACCUCCGACAACAUUUUGAGUUGUAAAAUGGGAACUACCGGUGACUGGAAAACUGCCGAAAAUGACCUAAUACCACCAAAUAAGGGUGUUUCUUUAACCAGAGUGACGCUCAGAGGCCAGAAAUUGUCUCCAAAUGCCAUUUUAAAAUCCAAGAUGGCGACUUACGGUUUCUGAAAAAUAGCCUGAAUUGACCAAAUACCAUCCAAUAUGAGAAUCACCGGAUCCAGAAUUUAACUCAGACACCAGUUUGAAUUGUAAAAUGGUAACUUCUGGGAAACAACGGAAAUAACCGAAUACUACUACAUAUGGACACAGAGAACAGACAUUCAUGUUCAUAUACAGAAAUUUGAAAAUCGUGUGUAAAAAUUUGAAUCAAAAUACGUUAAUACACUAACGACAUCUGUCUUGUGGUGCCCCAGUUGCACUGCAUAAAUAUUGCUGUAUCGAUAUUUUAUCGAUAUCAGUGCUUGGUUUGUAAGUGACAAAAGCGCCACAUAGCGGGAGCAUUACCACUUAGUGGUAAAUGACGGUUGCAGGUUUUUACACAUCUUUUAAAAAGAAGAUGAACGUCUGUUCUCUGUGAUAUGGAUAUGUCCGUAAUCGAAAUGUAAAGAAUGAUGUAAAGAAGCCAAGCAUUGACCCUGGACACCAUUUUGAAUUCGAAGAUGACCACUUUCAGUUUCUGGAAAACAACGAAAAUAACUGAAUACCACCCAAUAUGAGUGUUUUCGGAAUAGAGGUGAUGUACUAAAGGCAAAAGUCGAGUAUGUUGUCAUUCCGAUAAAACCAAUAAUUUAAAACGAUAUAAACAAAUCGCAAGAAAUCAAUGAAUUUGGAAUGUUGAAAAUUAUUAAAUUAAACACAAAAACAGGCGAGACGAAGUCUGCCGGGUCAGCUAGUAAAUACAUAAAUAUGCUGGUUAAAGCAAAGCUGCAAGUGAUGAAUACGAAGAUUAGAACUCGAGAGCAAAAAAUUCGGAGAGAUGAAAAAAACAAAAAAAUACUUUCAAAACGAGAAAAUUAAACAUCAAAUAAUAGUUUUUGCAUAACAGUUGUUAUCACUAAUUAUGUUUGUUAUGUUAAAUAUCUUUUAUAUAUAAUAAAAUAAAGUUUUUAAACCAAUUACAACAUUACAUGUAUCCAUACUUAAAUUGUUAAAUUGAUAGAACAUUCAAGUGUUAUCUAAGCUAAAAGUUGCACAACAACCAUAUACGACAAUUGACAACCAUUGUGCGGUUUCUCCUUUUAUCUUUUUCACGAGGUAAUUGAAACAUUCAUUUAAUUGUACACUUCGUGGCCUGAUUAUUGAGCUUGACCUUGACUGCCGCACAUUUCGUAGUUGCUUCCCAUGAUGGAUCUGAGCUCGUGAAGUUACACAGGAAACCACGUAUAUAGCAACUUGGGAUUAGUUUACCAUUCACACGACGUGGCCUGAUUAUUUGAAUAUUUCUUCUUCGUGCCUCGAUAAGCUACAUCUAUUUUAUUAUCAAUAUUCAACUCCCGGAAUGGCGUUAGUUUUACAUACAAACAAUAUACGCACGAAAUCUGCAACAUAUUUUUUAUAAACAAACAAUAUACGUGCGAAAUCUGCAACAAGUAAUUUUUUUCACAUGAUUUGAGGUUUUUUCUGUGAAAGUAUAACAUUGAGUCAACUAAAUCUAAAAUUGAGUAAAUUCAGUUUUGUGUGUGAAAUUGUCGGUCACACGCUCACAGAAAUUCAACAACAAUGCACAGUGGAACAGUGAGGCAAUGUAGGCGGACAUGAGUUUUUCGAUGCGAUUUUGUGGUGUUAGAGUAAAAUUUUUUUCUAAGAACUUGUUUCUUAUAUUUAGUCUUUUUUUAUGUGCGAAUGAAAAUUAGGGUGGUCCUGAAAUCGACUAAAUAAAAAAACUAACUUUUUUAUUUGCAGAAAUAAAUGUAUGCAUUCAUCGGCACAGUUGUAGAUCAACUAAUUUUAAGCAACUUUCGGUAUUUCUUCACAAUAUUUAUACAAUAUUUGUUCUUUCAUAUGAUACCAAUAUAUAUUAUUUUAUUUGCUCUAAACCGAGACAUCAGUAUUUUAAAAGGGCCUAUUUUUAAAAUAAAAAUAGUGAAAACUUUUCAUCUGUACAAUAUAUCGACAAUGUUUUUUCGUCAAAAUUGGCGUAUUUUUGAUUCAAGUUACCGAAGAAAAUUUUGUUUUUAAAUUUGAAUUGAAAAAAUAGAGCGAAAAGACUGUUUUUGGAAACCAAAUUUAAUGUCUACAAAAAAGUUUUUUUACAAAGUUACUUAGAAUUAGUUGAUCUACAAGUUUGCCAAAGAAUGUUUACCAUUAUUUAUGCAAAUAAAAACAAGUUAGUUUGUUUUUAUUUCGUUGAUUUUAGGACCACCCUAAUUUUCAUUUGCACAUAGAUAGAGGACUCUGUAUAAGAAACAACUUUUGACAAAAACUAUGGCUUUAAACCGCAAACCAAAAUCGCAACGAAAAGCUCAUGUCCGCCUAAAUUGCCUUACUGUACCACUGUGCAAUGAAUUUAGUUACCUUUUUCACCACAAGAGGGGGUGUUCCCUGUCUGUCUUCACGUAAAUAUAUGGGGAAUUCGAGAGUGAACUAUAUUGUUAUUUUAAGAUAUUUGGUUUAUGCCUAAUAGCGAGUUUCUUUAUUCCACUGGGUCAUUGCAAAUCUACUCAAGAAUAAAGAAAACGACAUCGCGACUCACAAAGUAAGAGAGAGCUACCAGAAUUUUUUUUACGAACUAAUCACGUGCGGUGAUGGGCUAAAAAACUAACAAAUUUUACGGCGCCAGGUCAAUACUGGGUCAAAAUCAAGCGAAUAAAAAAGAGUUCGCUAAGAAAAAAGUGGCCAACUGGCUUGCUUUUCCUUUUUCCUAAGAAAUCUAUCCGUUACACCCAGAACAAAAGAAGAAGCACAGACAUAACACUUCCUACAACUUUUCAAUAAAACCAUCGUUAGGAUGAUUCCAGUACUUUACGUUAAUAACACUAACACCAUCUGCUGUCGUGCUCGCGCUACGUUAUGUAUUUCGACAUCAGCGCAAACGUUACUGCAUAUGUCAAAUGGAGAACCACAAAAUAUGUAUUAGAUUGAAUGACAGUGCCCAAGACGGCGUUGUCGCGCGAUGACUGUUAUUCGAUUGGAAAUUUGAAAUGAUCGUUUUUCGUGGCGAUGGAGCUAGGUUCCAGUGUUACGUCUGUUAGUCUGUGGAAGAAGGUUUUGUUGUUUUCGAGUACCUAAUUGUCUAACGCCCGAAGACAAUUCAAUCCAGGCUGACAAAAUCACGUUGCGUAGAAAAAGGCUUCCCGUUGCCAUCGAGCAGAAAUGACUAGUACAAGAUACCUGACUCUUGCCAAAGACGAGAUAACAAGAUACACAAGCCCCCAAACGACUCCCAGAAACAUUAAUGGUGAAUGUGUGUGUGUGUGUGUGUGUGUUUUUUUUUUUUUCAAAGGUGGCGGGGAAAUCUGCAAACAGACACCUGAGAAGAGAACUCAGGGUGUGGGGGUGAGACUAGGGGAGAGAUGCUGGGGUAGUUACACUUUCCCAGACACCUACUGAUCCCUGUCCCGACCCACUAAAACCCCUCCAGUCUCCAGCCCUGGUCUUCCCGGAACGACGGUGUGUGUGUGUGUGUUUGUGUGUGUGUGUGUGUGUGUGUGUGUGUGUGUGUGUUUGUGUGUGUUUGUGUGUGUUUGUGUGUGUGUGUGUGUGUGUGUGUGUUUGUGUGUGUGUGUUUGUUUGUGUGUGUGUUUGUGUGUGUGUGUAUGUAUGUGUGUAUGUGUGUGUGUGUGUGUGUGUGUGUGUGUAAUGCGCAUAAACUAUCUAGUACGAGCUUGACAAUAACAACUACAGAAAUGUCUUGUCAAACGUACCGAACCGAUAACACGCAUACAGAUAUAGUUGAUGUUUCUUAGACGCGUUGAGGGCGUCUCGACCUUGUUCACAGUCACAUGCAGAGAGCUGCGCGUCUUGUUAUUGUUCGUCUUAGCUCUUCUAGUAUGCAGCGGAUACGAAUGCCGCUGCGCCUGAACGAAAAUCGAACUAAUUUGUAGACUGGUAAUUUGAUGAUGACGGCAAGGUGGCGAAAGGGGAAGCAAUUUUUUUCAAUAUUCUUGUAUGGUUCUGCCAUCGUAUUUUCAAUAUCCUUUCACGGUGCGGCCAUCUGAUUUUCAAUAUCCUUAUACGGUGCUGCUAUCUAGUUUCCAUUCGCAUCUGGCGGAUUAUGCUUGAUAAAUCGGUUUUGCUAAUAACCACAGUUUUAUGCGAAUUCAAGUAAUCAGAUGCAGCACUUACCGUUGUAAAGGUGUCGUGGGCAAUAUUUAUAAAAAAACUGGAAGUCUUGCUCUAGUCAACUUUGCACCGGGGUACCCAAUAAUCUGCAGCUUUGUUCGUGUUGCUGAUUUCCAUGAAUUGCGCAGGUUUUGAAUCAAAAUGUUUCAAGACUAGCAUUUUGACGUAAAUACCUGCAAAAUCGCUCCAAUAUUUUUGAUAUAUUUUAAAAAACGGCAACACGGCUGUGUUAUUCAUUACUUUUGCGGCAUUUUGCGAAUUUUUGUAAAAUUCACAGCCGAUGUUGGAUUUUGCGGCUUCCGCGAAAUCGCGUUUUAUCACUGUCCCUAAAAAUAAGUGAACAUUUGAAAAUAUAUUAUGUAUACAAAAUCUUCAUCUAUCAGCAAGUUCUUGCCACUUGAUUCAUGCAAAUGUUGACCAUGGCUACGUUUCAAAUAGUCCAUUCGGAAGGUCCAAUUUUGACCACUUUUUCAAGCAUUUGGCCAGAACUUCACCAAUAGCACGUGUAAUGUUGUCUGGUGAGGCCUUAACAGUGUUGGACUAAUUUACAUCAAUCAACGUAACCUCACGAAAAACAGUCCAGUGGUGUCAAAUCGAUUCAUUUUGGCGGCCAAUUUACAGGGGCGAAACGGGAGCUGAAUUGCUCACCAAAUUGAUUCCUUAAAAUGGCCGUUGUUUCGCGUGCUGUGUGGCCUGUGGCACCGUCUUGUCAAUAGCAGAUGUCAACCAUGUUCAGAUCUUCCAAAUUAGGCAACAUUAAUUACUGGUCGAUAUCGUUUGCCGUUGAUGAUAACAUUUUGCCAAGAGGCAUCUUUGAAAAAAAAAACAGCCGAAUGAUCCACCAGCCCAUAAAUUACCACUAUUUACAAUGGCUGUUCGUUUGUAGAUCUUCUUUUAAAACAGUAUGGUUAAUCAUGCCAUGAUUUUGACAAAUGGCACUUGGACGCCAUUAUGUAUCAGUGCUGCCAAUGUUAUUGGAAAAAUACAGCAUGAGCAUGAAGACGAAUGAAAUGGCUUUCCAAUGCAGCCUAGUGUAUUCCACUCUAUUAAUUUCAACAAACAUGAUUUAUUUAAUCACUGGGUGAAAGUAAAAUUCAAUCCGCUCCUUCGGAUAAUCUGAUCAAUUGGGUCCUUAAGCAAUAUCAGUUUUUAUAUAUCAUUUAAAAAGUCGCGUUUUCUGAGCAAAACGUGAUUUAAAAAAAAAUGUUUAUCGUUUUCCUUCGAUUUUUAAAAGAAGAAUAAAAAAUUGCUCGAAUUGUCUUAAGUGACAGUUCACCUAUAUACUGUCAUUUAAGGCAUUUCGAGCAGUUUUUUAUUUUACGAACUUAUUUCAUUUUUGUCAUAUGACUUACAUUUUAAGUUUAGUAAAGUCGGCAAUGUAUGUAGUUUGCGAGAAUGCGAAAAUGAACCGGAAUAGAAGGUGUGGCUUUAGGCUUAGACAAAAUUUCUCUCGUCCAGACGGGACACGAACCAGCAAUCUCCGUUGUCUCCGGCAAGGUGUUUUGGCCAAUGGGACACCCGAAACAAUGUUCAAUUCUAAAAGAUGGCGCUGCAGUGGUAGUGGUAGUAAAAUCGAAAUCUCGACGAGCAUUUUGCUUGAUGACCGGAAAAACUGCUAUUAGUUAUUCUGUUUUUAUAUUAUUCUAACUUUCUAGUACUUACUUUUACUAUAUUCAAUCUAUUUUUAUCAAAAAACUUGAUUUUUCUGCACUACUAUAUUGAGUCAACGGAGUUGUAUAAGAAAAUCAAGUUUUUUGAUAAAAAUAGAUUGCAUAUAGUGAAAGUAACUACUAGAAAGUUAGAAUGAUAUAAAAACAAAGUACCUAAUAGCAGUUUUUCCGGUCAGUAAGUAAAAUGCUCGUAGAAAUUUCGAUUUUGCUACCACUACCACUACAGCGCCAUAUCUUAGAAUUUAACAUUGUUUCGGGUGUCCCAUUAAACUAUAGGCACAAAUCCUCCACAUGUGAGGGGAACGUGCCGUUAUAAGCCAUGGCUUUUUAGCCGACCUACCUGAUACCUGAUAAACUAUUGGGAAAGGUAUAACUCGCCCUAAACCAAAGUCGAAUCACCCUCUACUAUUGUGUUUCCGUAUCUCAGCAUGCCACGAUGAACUGCACACACUGCCCUGUGGGAGUUAAUUUUUGUAACUGAGAGAGAGUCAUCUCUUCACGUACGCUGUGUAUAACGACUUAUUAUAUCUACAGUGACGCAAGCGAUGAGACACUUCAGUUGGUGGCCAAACCCCAAAUGCGUUUCACGGAAGAGCUCCGUUGUGGUAAAUUUACUUUACGAACUUAUUUCGAACAGUUUUUUAUUCUUCAUUCAAAAAGUGAAGGACAACGAUAAACAUUUUUUUU